AUGCCAGGCACAAAGUGCAUCGUAGACACCAAACCUUGUUGCAGUGUCCGUCUAUUUUCCAGUAUUUAUUACCAAUUUAAGUUAUAGCCCGGGCCAAAUAAUGUAAACCGGUUUCGGAAUCGAAUUAAGCGCUAGAAUCUAGCCGCCAGAAUGUUUAAUGAUAGACGUAGAUACCUUGGCGGUCGGAGUUGGAGAGUCGCACUUCGUGACUGGAACUCACUUGGAAUGGCCGGAUCACCGGGGGUAUUGAAAGUGAGAGUGCUACUGCUGGGCUUCCUCUUUCAGGGGAUUUCCCUACUGGCCGUUCGCCUGAAGCCCUGCGACCUGGCUGGCCAACUCUAUAUAUUGGAUGUCCCCAAGUCGGAACUACCUCUCUGGCUCUGCAUUGCGGACUUCGAGAGCCGCUUCAACACGCAUGUCGUGGGUCAGGGAAAUGCGGAUGGCUCCCGGGACUAUGGGAUCUUCCAGAUCAGCGAUCGCUUCUGGUGUGCUCCGCCCAACAAGACGGAGUACUACGCCUUCAAUGACUGCAACGUGAACUGCUCCAGUCUGCUGAGCGACGACAUUACCAUGUCCGUGAGGUGUGCCCGGCUCAUCCAGAGCAGGCAGGGCUGGUCGGCCUGGUCGGUCUACUCGGAGUUCUGCAACGGAACUCUGGACGCCGUGGAUGAGUGUUUCCAGCCAGCGGACAAUUCCACAGACUGCGAGCAGUCUACCGAGCUGGCGGACGACGAGGUCAGAGGUUGCUAGAAGAGGGCCGGCCUGCCAAUUAUGUCAUCACUGCCGAAAUAUGUGAAUUUUUUUAUGCGAAAUUAAAAUGAUAAUUACCGUUUAUAUUC